CCCACCUGCAGCAUGGAUGCUGCACUGCUCCUGAAUGUGGAGGGGAUCAAGAAGACCAUUCUGCAUGGGGGGAUGGGGGAGCUUCCAAACUUCAUCACUGGAUCCCGAGUGACCUUUCAUUUUCGCACAACAAAAUGCAACGAGGAGCGCACAGUGAUAGACGACAGCAAGCAAGUGGGCCAUCCCGUGCACAUUAUCAUUGGCAACAUGUUCAAGCUGGAGGUGUGGGAGACCCUGCUGAUGUCCAUGCGGAUCAGAGAGGUGGCCGAGUUCUGGUGUGACACCACUCACACAGGGCUCUACCCCAUCUUGUCCAGGAGUCUUCGGCAGGUGGCCGAGGGCAAGGACCCCACGGACUGGCAUGUACACACCUGUGGGCUGGCCAACAUGUUUGCCUACCACACGCUGGGCCAUGAAGACCUGGAUGAGCUGCAGAAGGAGCCACAGCCCUUGAUCUUCGUGAUUGAGCUGCUGCAGGUUGAGGCCCCCAGUGAGUACCAGAGGGAGACGUGGAACCUGAACAAUGAGGAGAGGAUGCAGGUGGUGCCCAUUCUCCACGGAGAGGGAAACCAUCUCUUCAAGCUGGGACGCUUCGAGGAGGCCUCUACCAAGUACCAGGAGGCCAUUAUCUGCCUGAGAAACCUGCAGACCAAAGAGAAGCCCUGGGAAGUGCAGUGGCUGAAGCUGGAGAAGAUUAUCAAUACCCUGGUCCUCAACUACUGCCAGUGUCUGCUGAAGAAGGGGGAGUACUAUGAGGUGCUGGAGCACACCAGUGACAUCCUCCGUCACCACCCAGGCACCGUGAAGGCCUACUACGUGCGCGCCAGGGCCCACGCGGAGGUGUGGAACGCCGCGGAGGCCAAGGCGGACCUGGAGAAGGUGCUGGAGCUGGAGCCGUCCAUGCGCAAAGCUGUGCGCAGGGAGCUGCGGUUGCUGGAGAGUCGCAUGGCGGAGAAGCAGGAGGAGGAGCGGCUGCGCUGCCGAAGCAUGCUGAGCCUGGGCGCCGCGGAGCCGGGGUGCCAGGAAGGCGGGGCGCCGCUGAGCCAGGGCGGCGCGCUGCCACCGUAG